UUUCCUUACUUUACAGGGAUUCAAAAACGUGGCAGUGGAUUUCCAAAAUUCACGUUCCGAACUUUGUCCGACGAAUCUUCAUCGUGCACGCAAUGUGGCAGCAGGACGAUACAACAUCAGCCGUUGAAAGUUGGCCCGGAUCGUGCUACUUCGAAGAUCGUAGGCGGUAGUUCGGCUCCUUACGGAGCGUAUCCUUGGCAGGUUGAAAUCCAAGCUCAACAAGGAUCCUCUUGGGAGCAUCAUUGUGGCGGUGCUAUUAUAGGCGAAGAUGUAAUCUUGACAGCUGCUCAUUGCUUGCAACAACAUUCCAGCGGAGAUUUACGUGUGAUCGUUGGUAAGCAUACGUUGAGUGAACAAGAUAAAUAUCAGAAUGUUUACGAAGUUGCUCAGACCAUCGUGCAUCCGGAGUUCCGAAAAGAGGGGCCUCAUAGUAAUGAUAUAGCUUUGUUGAAAAUCCAUCAUAGCAAUUCAUCUCACAGCGGAGGUUUCACGUGUAACUCCCACGUACAAAGUAUAUGUCUUCCGGAGAUGAAUAUUCGUUCCAAAGAUGUUGGUGACUGGUGUACCGUGUCCGGUUGGGGCACUGGAAUGCAUGGGUCUUCUAGUAUAUCUCAGGUUCUGCAAGCAGCCUCGGUCCCUUUACUUGAUCUGACUACUUGUCGCCAAUCCGAAGUAUAUGGAUCAGCUACCAUACAGUUCAUACUAGAUAGUAUGAUUUGCGCUGGAACGCUGGAGGGUGGCGUUGAUGCUUGUGGAGGUGAUUCCGGAGGUCCGUUGGCGUGUAAGAUCAACGGUCGUUUCGUUCUACUCGGAGUAGUAUCUUGGGGCGAUGGAUGCGCUAGAAAGAAUAAACCAGGAGUUUACACCAGAGUUUCUUAUUUCUUGCCUUGGAUAGAAAAAUCAUUAUCGUCGAUGAGGUCUUGAAUAAGAGAUAUGUUUACGAAAAGCUAUACACUUAUUAUAUGAUAAUAAACGAUUCAUUUGAA